CUCCAAUAUCAGUCCAAUAACGGUAUGACAAUGUGAUGGCGUACUUGUGAGCAGAUGACAUGCUCUAGUAUCGGGGGAAGUAAAAUGUGUUUCUAGAAAUACUCGAUAUAGCCAUAUAGAUUCAUAAUAAACGAUAGCGUAAUAGAGACAUUGAAAGAAAGAAAGAGAACCCCAUUUAGAGAUCGCACAAGAGCUAGUGUCUGUAGACAUAAUCAUAAUCACCCUCCCCCACCUAAUUUACAUUAUAUAUCAAUAGCAUUAAAUAUGACCAUUUUAAUAUGAUAACUCUUUUUACAAUAUAUAUAUAUAUAUAUACACAUUUAUAUAUAUAUAUAUUUAUAUCUGCGUGUGUGUGUGUGUAUAUACAUACAUGUACCAUUGAAUGUAAAGUAUUGCCAUUAUUUUGCACUUUUAAUGUAUCUUCAAAAUAUACUUCAUAGAUAGACAUUUCAAAAUAUCAUUUAGAAUUAAGCAUUUUAUCAGUAGGCCUAAUGCAGUGCAAUGUGUUAUAGAUUUUAAUUGAAACGACAUGUCAGCACUCAAUAUUAUUUCAAAAUGCUUUGAAUAAUACAAUGUACAUGUAUGUGUAAAUCAAACUUGUAUUUGAUGGGGUCGAUAAAUGUAACGCUUAGGCCUACAAGUACACGGGGUCAUAAACUAGGCUCAUCUAGAAACUUUCACACGUAUAUGUAUAAAUAUCGCAAAGGAAGGUUUAUAGAUUAAAUACGACGAACAGGUAAGUUAAUAAACGUGCAGAUGUCGUUACUUUCUUUCUUUUGCAGACUUUUUAAACUCUAACUUUGACCAUCUUGUUUGUAAUAAUAGUAGCCAAGGGCUAGGGGUCGAUACCAUACCAACCCUAAAUUUAAAAAAAAAAGAUAUUGGGGGGCAUGGUGCCAGUUCCUGUGCUGUGACAUUUAAAGGAAUGAAGACUAUAAAAGAGAUGAACUGAUUCUGUUUUGGGUAUAACUUGUCAUCUAUGUUAUAGCGUGUAUAAAAGUCCUCUACGCUUUCACACAUGCCGUCUUAUCACCAACAAAAUCGUGUUCCUUCAUGUAUAUAUAUACUGAAUUCAGAACACGUCAAUAUUAUAUUAUAUCUCUACCUAUCAACGGGAGAACUUGUGUAGGAGGUCGCGCACUACAUAUGUAUGGUGUCCUGAAAGGGUCAGAUUACGUGACAGUCACAACACGCCGUCACUCCAACAAGCAACGCGCCGUUACGCUAACGCAACUUUACACAACUCGUUUUCGCGCCAACGAUUGAUUGUAUCUUGAUGGUUGACUUCCUUUUAAAACAUAGAUGAAAAUAUAAAUAUCAGCAAUAUUUGUCUAUUCAUUAAUUUUUUAUUUUUUUUGCCUAGCUGAGUAGCUCAUUAGGUUAGCACGUCGACUGGUGAACUGUAGAUCGCGUGUCCGAGUCCAGCAGGGGUUUUGAAUUUUUCUCAGAUUGCUUUCAACUAAAACUAUUUUUGACUAAAUAAAGUACAUUUGAAAGUUUUCAAUUUUCAAACUUUUGUUACACAUAUCCACCACUUUUCAUCCAUAUCAAAUUUCUCUGGUAUAGCAUACCUCCUAAAGGUUAUCUCCUAGGACCCGUGACAUUUGCACCUGUUUGGCGAUGGAACUGUCACUACCUAUUUUAUAUAACGACUUGGGUCUGGACAUCGCGGUCGGGAUUCGAACCCCGGCUCUUCCGCAUGCAGGGCGAACGCUCUGACAUCUAGACCACACAUUGAAAACUAUAGAAACUAUUGAUAAAGAACAGACAAGUUUAAAAUGUUUGCUAAGAUUUGAAGGAAUGCAUGUAUCGCAACGCAACGUCACUAACGUGCUUUGCACCUAUCAAUUAGCGACCCUUGGCAAAUUCAAAAGGUCGGGGUGGUGGUACAUGUUGAGGUAGAGAGGAGAAUGGGGGUACUGGUAACGCAGUUGUGUUGUAUUAAUGUUGAGAGGAGAAGGGGGGGGGGGUGUACUGGUAACGCAGUCGUUUUACGGUAGAGAGAAGAGGGAACUGGUAGCGCAAUCGUGUUGAGGUAGAGAGAAGCACAGGCACUCGAUGUUUUGCAUUUCUAUAAUAAAAAAACUUGUUUUCCUACGAACAAAAUAUUUUGUUUUAAUGAAGGCAAUUUUUUAAUAUAGAUAUUUUUAAAAACGUUGAGUGCCUGUGGAUUGAAGAGAGUACUGGUAACGCAGUUGUGUUGGGGUUGAAAGGAAAAGUGGAGUCUGUUUAAGAAUUGUAAAACCAAAAGAACAUUGACAAUUACCAUUUGUUUUCUAAACCUACGUGAAUGCACCUCUAUAUAGGAUAUUUAUAAUCUAUAGACUUGAAUACAGUUAUAUUGACAAGAAAGAUAUCUAAUGGGUAACCUCAUUUUAUCUCUCCAUUGAUAAUUGAAUAGACAGAGAAGAAUGAACGAGUGCAGUUAAUAUGUGUUGCCAGAACUAUGUCGUGUAGAAUCCCCCACUAGUGGAUCAAAAGAAAGAAGUCUAAUUAAUUAUUUAUUAAUGCGAUCUGUUCUCCUCUGCGGAGAAUUUUUACUCCCAAAAAUAUUUUGUGCAGUUCAACUCUCCUUUCGGGGACGAAAAAAGUAUCAUCUACUUGAAGGCACAACACUACCAUUUAGAAAAUGAAUUGUCCAGAUCCGCCUUUGAUACAACAUGUCACCGCUGGUGGGUGUGAUCAGUCAAUGCCACUACUUUGGUUUGCAAAUCUGUUAUUUUAAACAUGACAAAGUUCAUUGUAUUUAUGUCAUCACUAUUUUUUUUCCAGGGCACUUGUUGAUGGAGAUGAUAAAUUAGUAAGGUUAAAGUCUGCUAAAUCCACUUCUGUUGAUGUAAAUUAUAUCUAUACAAUCACGGACUUUUGUACUGAGGAUUUCGAUUGCUGCAUGCUGUGUUAUUUAUCACGGAUACACAUGUAAAUUUACAUUGAUAAUGAAGGGAUUUGGUGUUGUAUUUCUUUGGACGAUUACCACACUCUUUUCACCGUCCGGAUCACUGAGCUUUAAGCCAAAUAUAGUGAUUUUCCUGGCAGAUGACCUGGGCUAUGGCGAUGUCGGGGCGUUUGGAAACAACACGGUGCGGACUCCGAAUAUCGAUGCCCUCGCUAACGACGGAAUUAAACUUACGCAUCAUCUAGCCGCGGCUAGCGUCUGCACUCCCAGCCGAUCAGCGUUACUCACCGGUCGUCAUCCCAUCAGGACAGGAAUGUUUCCGGAUGGCAGAGCAGUGGUAAAUGUGUUUGCUGCAAAUGGAGUUGGUCUCCCAACUUCAGAAGUCACUUUGGCAGAAGCAGCCAAGGCUGUGGGAUACAAAACGGCUCUUGUCGGCAAGUGGCAUCUAGGACUGAACAAAGACUAUAAAGGGGAUAUGGCAUUUCACCCACGAAAUCGGGGGUUUGAUUUCUACUAUGGUCACAUCCUAACUAACAUGAAAGAUUGGAGUAAUGAAGGAGAUCGUGUUCUGACAUCUCAAAGACCAAACUUUUACUUACAAAUGGCUAGCAUGUUCAUAGUUGGGGUACUAUCGUUGAUUUUCUUGGUAAAAGUUGGUCUCAUUGGACGAGGAUUGUGUACCAUUUUCUUCCUAUUGAUGAUUUCACCUAUGGUGUACUUUGUGUUUGUUUUUAACAACAUGGCGUGGCUGAAUGGACUCCUGUACCGAGAUUUCGAACUUGUUGAACAACCAAUUCACUUGGAAACCCUGUCAUAUCGAUACACCCAAGAGACCAUCAAAUUCCUGAAGGAGAGGGAGCGAGACAACAAUCCAUUUCUAUUGGUUGUUUCCUGGGACCAUGUUCAUACUGCUUUGAAGACUUUGAAAAAGUUUCGUGGGAAAUCACAACAUGGUCGCUAUGGUGAUGCCAUUGAAGAGAUGGACUCUGGAAUAGGUGACAUUAUGAAUGCUCUUGAUCAAUUUGGUUUCGGCAGAAACACCAUGAUCUAUUUCACAUCUGACAAUGGCGCUCAUUUGGAGGAAACAGGAAUAUCUGGUCAAAGUGAUGGAGGUUCAAAUGCACCUUUCCGAGGUGGAAAAGGUCAUCCAGCUGUUGACGGGGGCAUACGUGUACCAACUGUAAUCAGGUUCCCAGGAGUUUUACCGCGAGCGAAAAUCAUAGAUGAACCAACACAGCAAAUGGACAUGUUUACCACCAUUAUAAACCUCAUAGGUGGGGAGGUGCCAAAGGAUAGAACCCUCGAUGGGAAGGACAUCUUACAACUGCUGCAGUUUAAAGACAGUAAAUCGCCUCAUACCUUUAUGUUUCAUUAUUGUGGUCCACAUCUUCAAGCAGCGAGAUACCGGCCCGAGAAAGGAAAAAGUAUUUGGAAACUUGUAUCCGAAUUACCAGAUUACAAACCUGGAGAGGACAAAUGCUAUGGCCUUGCGUGUAUCUGUACAACUACCAUAAAGCACGAUCCACCAUUAUUGUAUGAUAUAACCGAGGAUCCAGGGGAGAAAAAUCCAAUUAACUAUAAAUCUAACCCAACGCUACAGGACAUUGUGCGCAAAAUUACAAAUGCAAUAUCACAACAUAAAAAGACUGUGGGUACACCAGAGAGUAAAAUGACAUUUUUCAAAUUAUUAUGGAGACCUUGGUUUCAACCAUGUUGUAAUUUCCCAUCAUGCUCAUGCUCAGAUCCUGUAUACAAAGAUUUCGUAGAUUAACUGUCACUUAUUUUAAUAAAAACUACUUGAAUCA